CAGCAGCAAGCAGCAAGCGGCAGCAGCAACGCGGGGCAGAGACGGCGGCGGCGGGGACAGUUAGGCCAGGCCGCCCGGCUCUGCCUCCCCCCCCCUCUCACGCCCCGCCGAGGCCGCACCGGCGACAGAUUUUUUAAAAAAUGGAUUUGACCAACCAUGGACUUAUUCUACUGCAGCAGUUAAACGCUCAGCGAGAGUUUGGUUUCCUGUGUGACUGCACGGUUGCAAUCGGCGAUGUGUACUUCAAGGCACACAAAUCAGUUCUCGCUUCAUUCUCCAAUUACUUUAAGAUGUUGUUUGUCCAUCAGACCAGUGAAUGUGUCCGCCUGAAGCCCACUGACAUACAGCCUGACAUAUUCAGCUAUCUGCUCCACCUGAUGUACACCGGGAAGAUGGCCCCACAGCUCAUCGACCCUGUGAGGCUAGAGCAAGGGAUCAAAUUCCUGCAUGCAUACCCCCUCAUCCAGGAAGCCAGCCUUGCCAGCCAAGGCACAUUUUCCCAUCCUGAGCAGGUCUUCCCACUGGCCUCAUCCUUGUAUGGCAUUCAGAUUGCAGACCACCAACUGAGACAAGCCACCAAGAUGAAUUUAGGGCCUGAGAAACUUGGGCGGGAGCCUAGGCCACAGGCAUCCAGGAUGAACCAGGAGCCUGUGCCAGAAACCUCGCAGCUAUCCCAGCUGACUUCAAACCUGGCCCAGGUGAAUCGGACAAAUAUGACCCCCGCUGACCCCCUACAGACCUCGCUGUCACCUGAACUUGUCUCCACACCUGUUCCUCCCCCUCCUCCCGGGGAGGAGACCAACCUAGAGGCCUCUUCCUCUGACGAGCAGCCAUCAUCCCUUACUAUCGCCCACGUGAAACCAAGCAUCAUGAAGAGGAAUGGAAGCUUCCCCAAGUACUAUGCCUGCCAUCUGUGUGGCCGUCGCUUCACGCUGCGAAGCAGCCUGCGGGAGCACCUGCAGAUCCACACCGGGGUGCCCUUCACUGCAGGCCCGCCGGGGGAAGGCCGUGGGCCCCUGUCGCUCUGCAGCAAUGCAGCCGACCUGGGCAAGGAUGCUCUGGAAGUACCGGAGGCGGGGAUGAUCAGCGACAGCGAGCUGCAGCACAUCUCCGACUCCCCCAUCAUCGAUGGGCAGCAACAGUCGGAGACACCACCACCCUCAGACAUUGCGGAUAUCGACAACCUGGAGCAGGCAGACCAAGAGAGGGAAGUGAAGAGGCGCAAGUACGAAUGCACGAUCUGCGGCCGCAAGUUCAUCCAGAAAAGCCACUGGCGCGAGCACAUGUACAUUCACACGGGCAAACCCUUCAAGUGCAGCACCUGUGACAAGAGCUUCUGCAGGGCCAACCAGGCUGCACGCCACGUGUGCCUCAACCAGAGCAUCGAUACCUACACCAUGGUGGACAAGCAGACGCUGGAACUCUGCACGUUUGAGGAAGGCAGUCAGAUGGACAAUAUGCUGGUGCAGGCCAACAAGCCCUACAAGUGCAACCUGUGCGACAAGACGUUUUCCACACCCAAUGAGGUGGUCAAACACUCCUGCCAGAGCCAGAACUCAGACGUGUUUGCCCUGGACGAGGGGCGGUCAGUCCUGCUGGGCAGUGGGGACUCAGAAGUAACUGAACCUGACCACACCGUGUUAGCGUCCAUCAAAAAGGAACAGGAAACUGUGUUACUAGACUGAAUGUUACUUGUCUUUUUAAAAACUGUCAUUUUUACAAAGAAUCUUCUCCCCUAUUUGGGACAGUUUCUCCAUGGCAUGAUACAAACGGGCCCCGCCUCUUUCCCGCCCCUUCUCCCAGCCCCAUCUCUGUAAGGCUUUGUGCAUUAUAAACCUGGACUAUAUUUACUUUUAAUUCAGGGGAUAUUGGAAGGAUAAUGGUCAGUAGUACUUAUAAAGAAAUAGGUUUUGAGGAGUUUUAGGUUAUUUUUAAAAACCUACUUGGAAUUAAUUAAGAGUAUAUAAUAAAACAACUAGAAUAUAAUCUGGUAAGCUAAAAUUAUGACUGUCCCUGGGUAAUAAGUCUUCCUUCUCAAAGAAACAAAGUCAGAAAAUACAGCAUGCUUCUUAGAGAUAAAGCUGGGCUCUGCUAUGCAAAUCUAGAAGGUGUGGGGAAACUUUAAACCCGAGAGAAUGUUUUUAAUAUUUGUCCUCUAGGUGUCUGAUUUCAGAAUGUAUCCUUUGAGAUUAUGUCCAGUUAAGGAAAAUCACUAGUUAAGAGAACGACUUUAACAAAUGCAAAAGAGUAAUAAUGUGAUGGCAAUCUUCAUUUUUGGAUAAAACCUGACAGGCUAUGAAUUUGUAUGCAAGCGAAUGGCUAUGGAUACUUGCUCCAGGCUGGGAGAUUGGUGCACAUGCUUACCCCAUGGCUGGCCCCUUUCCAAGAAGAACAAGAAGAUGCUGUGUUUUGGUUCCUGACACACUUGUUUUAAAAUCACAUUUGAAAACCCAAUUCUGUAGAAUGUCUUUCUGAACAGCAACGGCCAAUGGUGAGCUUGUGUCUGAACUAGCCAAGUGCCUGUAAAAUCAGUUGUGCGCACUGCAGUUACGUACCACACAAGGCAAGUUGUGAGCUGAAAGUGAAACUUUAAUGAGGGUGAAAGCUGAUGCUGCCUGGCACAGUGGUGCCCACCUAUUACCCCAGCACUAGGAGUGGGUACCAGGGGGAUGGGAGUGGAGGAUUGCUAGUUUGAGGCCAGCCUGGGCUACACAGAGAAACCUUGACCAAAAAAUUUAAAAAUUGCAAUCCCAUAGUUCACUGGUAACAUCUACUAAAGCAUCAAAAAUAACAUCAGGACACAAAAUCUUUUUGGAGGAAAACCACAAUUGAUUUUGUUGUAUAUCCUCCAGUUUUUGUCAACACCUAAAAAUUUCCCCACUGGCCUAACAGCGUGAAAAGUUGCCCAUUAAUCUUCCCUUAGGCCAAUAAGAAAGUGGUCUCACAGGAUGCAACAGGAGCCAGAAGUGAGGACUAAGGGGCAGGAUGAGGGUAGUGCAUAGCUAUACCCUACAUGUAUGUUAGAAACUGAAUAUCCCACCAUCCUCUUAUAUGUAUAGUUGAGUUCUCAGAUUUAUAAGUUUUUUCUUUUCUUUUUUUGUUUUGUUUUGUUUUUUGUUUUUGUUUUUGUUUUGUUUUGUUUUUUGAGACAGGGUUCCUCUGUGUAGCCCUGGCUGUCUGGAACUCACUCUGUAGACCAGGCUGGCCUCCAACUCAGAAAUCCGCCUGCCUCUGCCUCUCAAGUGCCGGGAUUAAAGGUGUGCGCCACCGCUGCCCGGCAGAUUUGUAAGUUUUUGUACAUCCUUUCAUUAAAUAAACAUUUAAUUAAAUGGG